UCAUUCUGCAUCUGUGAGUUUUUAGCAAGGGAUCGAAGUUUCUCGUGAGAAAAGAAAGAUAGACAAAAGAAGAUGGCUGUUGAGUCUACUGUUUCCUUGGUUUUAAGAAAACUCAGGGAUGUACUAGUUCAAGAGGCAGUUUCCCUCUAUGGAGUGCGUGAUCAGGUCGAGUGGGUCGAGAGAGAAUUGAGGCGGAUGCGGUGCUUCUUGAAAGACGCUCACGCAAAGCAAAGCGGUGAUGAAAGAGUGAAGAAUUGGGUAGCGGAUGUAAGAGAUGUCGCUUACGAUGCAGAAGACGUCAUCGACACCUUCAUCCUCAAAAUAGAAGGACAUAUGAGAAGUGGGUUCGUCGGUUUCUUUAAAAGGUGCAUAUUCAUCCAUGUUGAAUUAUUGGCUCGACGUGAGGUCGGCAAUGAGAUAGAACGGAUAAAGAAUAAAAUCCGGGAGAUCUCUGCGAGCAGGCUGACAUACGGCAUUACAGAUGUCAGCAAAGUCGAAGAAGGUAGCAGCUCCAGGGGUGAAAGUCUGCACGAGCAAAGGCAAACUUCUCCUCUAUUUGGGGAGACAGAAGUCGUCGGUUUUGAAGAAGACAUAAAGAUAUUAGUGGGACGGUUGAUCGAUGGCGAUUCACGACGUUGUGUGGUUUCUGUGGUCGGAAUGGGCGGUCUUGGCAAGACUACUCUUGCCGUUAAAGUUUAUAACAAUGAUGCUGUAAAGAAACAUUUUGAUUGUUGUGCUUGGGUUUUUGUAUCUCAAGAAUACGCUGUGAGAGAUCUUUUGCAAAGCAUUAUAAAAUGCUUCAUGCCUCUUAGUCAAGAAGAGUCUGAGAAGGUAGAGAAAAUGAAUCCUGUUCAGUUGAGAGAGAAGCUUUCCAAUCAUUUGAAUGAAAGUAAAUAUCUUGUGGUGUUGGACGAUAUAUGGAAGACUGAAGCAUGGGAUUCUAUAGUAGCUGCUUUUCCAGAUAUGAAUAAUGGAAGUCGAAUCCUAAUCACCACCCGCAACAGAGAUGUAGCUUCAUAUGCAGAUGCACGGAGCUGUCCCCACGAGCUGCGGCUUUUAGGAGAUGAAGAAGGAUGGAAAUUGUUUUGUAAAAAAGCAUUCUUGGAACAGGGUAUACUUUGCCAGCAAAAUUUAGAGAAACUAGGUAAAGAGAUUUUGGCGAAGUGUGGUGGUUUGCCUCUUGCUAUUGUUGUCAUAGGGGGGCUACUAUCAAGAAAAGCAACAGAUCCAAACGAGUGGGAGAAAGUACCGAGGCGAAUUAGCUCCCAGUUCACGGAUGAUGAAUCUCGAAUUGCAAGAAUAUUAGCCUUAAGCUAUGAAGAUUUACCCUACCAUUUGAAGCCAUUCUUUCUCUACCUUGGUGUUUUUCCAGAAGACUAUGAGAUCCGUGCUAAAAAAUUGAUUUAUCUGUGGACCGCAGAAGGAUUUGUAGAGCCAAAAGGGGAUGAAACGGUCGAGGAAGCUGCAGAGGUUUGCCUGGAGGAGCUAAUCCAUAGAAGCCUGAUUCAAGUGUCAAAAAUCCGUUCCAUUGGUGGAGUUAAAAGCUGCCGCAUCCAUGAUCUAUUACGUGAACUCUCCAUUUCAAAAGCCAAGGAAGACAAAUUCGUAGACGUUCAUCAUAAACAUACAAGUCUUCUCUCUCCAUCAAAUUCACGCCGGCUUGCUAUUCAUCAGGCACCUAGUAAGUACACUUGUUUAAAUCACACCAGCUCACACCUUCGUUCAGUGUUAUGGAUCGAUUUAAUGAAGGGAGAAGUCAGGAAAAAGCAAGAGCAGUUUCUUUUCAGAGGAUUCAGUUUGCUUAGGGUGUUAGAUCUAUCUUAUAUGAAAAUGAAAAAGCUUCCAAAAGAAAUAGGUACACUGAUCCACUUGAGAUACCUUAGCUUCAGGUUCGCUGGCUCGGACAGUUGUGACUGUUGCUUAAAUGGGUGUGAUUCGGACCCAGCAAGCUUCCCAUCAUCCAUGAGCAAUCUCCACAAUUUAGAAACGCUUUAUUUAACAUCAGGUUCUCGGUCGGUUCACAUACCCAGUUUUAUUUGGACGAUGCAACAAUUAAGGCACGUGCAUGUGCCGUACGGCAGCAUAAUAAGUAAAGGUGCGUGGUCUAAAAUAGUGGGACAUCCAUCACUCGAACUUGAUUCUUUAGUUAAUCUCCAGACUCUAAAACGUAUAACAGCUGGCGAUUGGAUAGGGGAUUAUUUGGAGAAGUUAACUAAUCUAAAGAAACUGGGAAUAUGGGGGAUCUACCGGAGUAGGCAUGCAGAGGCAUUGUCAAAGUCUCUUCCAAGAUUGGACUGCCUCCAGUCUUUGUUGUUGGAAUGGCACAGUACUAUUCCAGGUUUUAUGCCUAUUUCACAUAACCUGCAUUUGAAGAAGAUGUUUUUGAGGGGAAAGUUAGAGAAGCUACCUGAGUCGAAUGAAUUCUCACCUAACCUCACCAAGCUUACCUUGAUAUCCUCCGAGUUAAUGGAAGACCCAAUGGCGACAUUGGAGAAACUAGCCAACCUUCGGAUUCUCUCAUUGGAUGCUCAUUCAUAUAUGGGAAAGGAAAUGGUCUGCUCUGCACAAGGGUUUCCUCAACUCGAAUCCUUACAUGUUGUAGAGUUACAUGAAUUAGAAGAGUGGAUUGUGGAGGAAGGAGCGAUGCCAAGGCUUAUACAUUUGCAGAUUUGGAACUGCUCUCAUUUAAAGAUGCUUCCAGAAGGACUGCAACAUGUGACUACCCUCAAGAAAUUGGAGGUGUUGUACAUGCCAAAUGAAUUCAACACCAGAAUACAGGAAAAUGGCGGAGAGGAUUGGCAUAAGAUUCAACAUAUACCCUCUAUCGAAAUAAAACAGCGAGGUAUCAUAGGCAGGUAAAUUUGGUUGCUUGUUUCUUCCACCAACGGAAAACGCAUGGAAGGGCAAAUUCAGCAUCUCUACAAAAGCCAGAGAGAGUCUCAUGGUGCAUGUGAGGCGACAUGACCAGACAACAUGUUGAUGUAGAGACUGUUGGCUUGAAAGUUCAUUUCCUGUUUAUGGUUUUCAUACUCUGUCAUUAUGUAUAAUGGUGUGUGUUAGUUAUUUGGAUGAUGUUUUCAGACAUUAGCAUGAGAUGUGUACUUUUAUCUACCAAUCCCUUCAUACACUGGUGUGUUUUAUGGUGGUUGAAAUCAAAGGAUGAUGACUUAAUCCUUUGUAGUUGUAGAUUGUGAUUUCAGCAGCAUCCAUCAGAUUAUUAUGGGUUCA